AGUGUAGAUAGGUAGGUAGCGAAUAAAAAUAAUGUUCCUUUUGUUGUUCAUUUGUAAAACAGUCAAAAACGUUUUGCAAAUGUGCAUCAAGAGGAUGAUGUUAUUGAAUAAAAGUAAAAAUUUGCAUAAAUGGAGGGUGGGUCUCCACCCGCAAGAACCUCUCCGUGGUGAGACCUGGGCAAUCGUUAUUAUUCGAUGACUAAUUAAUAACUGUAUCAUUAUUUCUAUGGUAUGUACAUUUAUUAAUUAUGCAACAAAUAAUGGUGAUGUAGUUAGUAUAGCAUGCUGUUAGUUGGAUGCAAUAAUUGAGGUGGCGCUUGAAUCAGUUUCUGUUCAGUUAUGAGCUGUUUUACCGACGCGGAAUUCAGAGUUCGGCCUCCACGCUAGCAUCACUGUAUCUUGUUUAUUGAGCGUUACUAACUUCACUGUAUAUAUAAACGUGAAAUUUGUAAUCAACCAUACUACGCUUUUGUUUGAAGCGGUGUAUAAUUUAAACGCUGCCACACAUUUUUUAAGCGUAUGUACGUACAAGAAGUAUUUAUAAAGAAAAAAAAUAUAUAAAUAAUAUUGUUUUUCCAGUGGUACUAUAAAUUAAACAUAAAUUACCAUGUUGUGUAGUUUGAUGUCGAUAAAACAGAAAUACGCUCCAAAGAUUUAAUACUUAUACAUAUGUAUACGUUGAAUUAUGUAAAAAUUAUAAAUCAUUUUAAUUACCAUACAACGAAGUACAUACAUAAUAAAUAAAAAUUAACCAAAUCUGCUGUCAACAACAACAACAACAACAACAACAACAACAGUCAACAAUGACAUAUUCUUUUCAGGUAAAUAGAUAUUGGUUCUAGCAGUUUAACGAAAAUUGUCGACAGAAAUUAUUUAGUAACUAAAGAAGACGGAGGGGAGAGUAAACGGAAAAAAUGGAAAAUUUGGAGGAAGUAUUGCAGGCAUUAGACGAGUUUCAGAAAAUGCGUCCAAGCGAAAUACCUCGAGAACUCGAGGACUAUUUGUGUUGGGUCGCAAAAACCGGUGAUCCUGUUUAUCAGUGGUCGCUAAUAAAAACUCUAUUUAGAGAAAAACUUACUCGCGUAAUGACUGAUUUCUACGAAAGCUGUCCGACACUUGAUCUUGCACCUUGUCCUAACGUUGAACAUUUCAAUUACGACACUAUGAAAAGCAAUCUUUUGGAGCGUUUAGAAUCAUUUGCAAACGCUCCGUUUACUGUUCAACGAAUUUGUGAGUUAUUAACAGCACCGCGUAAGGAGUAUAAUAGAGUUGACAAAUUUAUGCGAGCUAUUGAAAAGAAUAUCUUGGUUGUUUCUACCAGAGAACCUGGACCGACAGCUCGAAGAAACGAAAACGGAGACGGUAUGGUCAAUGGAUCUGUAGAUGAAGAUACGUCGGUAACGCAACCUCCUCAGGAUGUAGAAAUGGAAUAUUGGGAAAAAGACUGUUCUUCCACCGUUACAAUUAGCGUACAUACAGUUGAAAACGAAACACCAUUGUUACAAACGGUUGUACCGACUACUACCGUAGUAAAAAAUGUAUUUGACACAGAAGAGAUUUCUCAGGAGAAAGUCGAAUCAACUUCAAAAUCAGACAACGUUGUAUCUAAUUUUAUACCAACAACUUCAGAGUUUACUAGCACUCCCAAUUUAACUUGUUCGCCGCAAACACAGAAUUCACAGAUAGAACCUACGAUGCAGAAUUUAUCUACCAUGGUUCCUGAAACUUCUGGAAUUGUCAGUGACGUUUCAGAAGCUAUCAUGAACGAGGAUACUAGUUCUCAGCCUAGUUUAGAACUGGAAAAUGAUGGAGGUGAAAUUACGGAUUCCUCGCGAAAAUUACAAACUACCUUUCAGACGAAAGACUUCAGUUCGAACGAAAGUAAGUCAUUAAAAUUUUAUGUAGAUAAUUCCAAAGCAAACGGAAAAACAGAAGUUGGCUCGCGUGUAUCAUCGGUACACCUACAAGAAGAGUCGAGUAAAGCUAACGACGUAUGUACGAUGAAAUCAGAUAUCGAAUCUAAAACAGUACCGAACAGCAAAGAAUCGAACGAAAAUUUACAAAAUGCAGCAAAGUCGAGCAGUAAUCGGGUAGAAGAAGUCGAAACAGUUACUCAAAAUGCGCACGAUUCAACCAUAGAGGAUAAAGAAAAAGUAGUAGAAUCUUUAAAGAAUUCCAAUAUAGAAGAUAUAUUAUCGAAAGAUAAUUUAGAGAAACCUACCGACGAUGUAAGUCUGAUUGCAGAUAAUACGAGUACAGAGGAAAGUCCGUCUGGAAAUAGUUCCGAGGAUAUGCCUGUAGAUGUAGAAAAUUUAAAAGAUCAUAAUAAAGAAACAGAAUCGACAGAAGAUUCUAAAUCUAUCAUGGAAGAUUCAUGUUCCAAAGAUAAUACGACAAAGAAUUUUAAUUCCGAUCAAGAAGAAAAUAAUUUAACCAUAACGAAAGCUAUAGAAGAUGAAACUAGAAUAAUAAAAUCCAUAGUACCUGAUAAAAUUUCUAUUAUCGAAGAAUCAAAAGACACGACGGAGACUAUUAACGAGAAAAUAGAAGAGGAGGGUACUUCGUCGAUCAUUGAAAUAUCAGAGAAUUUAGAAAAUCGAAAUCCUGUAGCAACAAGUCAAUCUAGAAACGAAAAUAAAAUGUGCGUUGAAGAUAAUCAUGUAACAGAAUUGGAAGGUAAUGAUAUUACUGCUACUAAUACUACCGCUACUGCUACUACUACUGUUACUGCUACUACUACUACCACCACCACUAUUGCUGCUGCUGCUGCUGCUGCUGCUGCUGCUAUUACUACUGUUACCGCUACUACUACUACUGCUACUACUACUACUAUUACUAGUACUACUACUACUACUACUAUUACUACUAUGAUUGAAACUAGUGAUACAGUAAUAGAAAAUACAACAAGUAGAAAAGUACUGGAACCGGUAGAAUUAAUGGAUGUAGACGAGGAAGAAACGUUAUCGGUAUUUGAACAGAGUGACGAACCAAUGGAGCAAGAAGCAGCACAAUCAUCUAGAAGUUAAUAAGAAGUGUAAGAAACAGGUUCUAUUACUUUUAUAAUGCUUGAUUUUUAUUUAAACAGGAAACGUAAAGAAAUACUGAACGAAACAAAUUUAUCCUUAAUAUAAGAAGAAAAUCUUUAUUGUAUUUUGAAUAUGAUUUUUAUGACCUUUAUAAAAUUGCAAAGGGUUGUCUAAUUAUAUAUUAUUUACUAUUUUAUUAAUUUCAUAAUUGCAACUAAAAUCAAGUAAAUUUGGUAUUGUACAGAACUUGUUCAUAUGAAUUUCUAAGCUCCUGUAGAAAGCAAAACACUGCCUAUUCCCAGAACAUUAUAAUAGUAACGACCAGCUUUGACCACGGUUUGGGUUUCAACUCAAAUCAGUUUGUAAAAAAGUAAAAAAAGAAAAAUUUGAUCGUGAAUUUAUACAGACGAAAGUUUUUACUGAUUAGGAUGUGACUGUGGCUCAUGACCGGAGCGUAUGAAAUUUUCCCGAGGCUACCUAAUAAUAAAUACGCAGUUUCAAAUUUUAGAACAUAAAUUGGUACCUCUAUAAACUUGGAUCUAAAAUAUAAAUCGAAUCAUUGAACGUCAAACUGGUUACUGGUCUUAUGUACAGAAAUAUCAUUCGAAAAUUGACAAUUCAAACGAUACAUCAGUUUUAAAAUAUUAAUAGCUUUCAAUGACAUAUACGACACAGAAACUAGAAAAAGUGAUAAAGGUUUCAAUUUUACAUUAUAAUUGGAAUCAAAAUGCAGAUUCCAUUUUAUGAUUCAAGUUGUAACCGAUAAAUAAAUAAAUAAAUAAAUAAAUGAAUAAAUAAAUAAAUAAAUAAAUAAAUAAAUAAAUAAAUGCCUUUAUUACAAAUAUUAUCUCAAUUAAAAGAAGGUAAAACAUAGCAAGGAUAAAAGUUUAUUUUCUCCCUGAUUAGAGAAAUAAAUAUUAUCGCUCUCUUUAUACCUUGCUGUGCUUUUCAAUAAAAAGAUAAUAGUUAAAUAUGUAUUUUAUCAGGUAACAUGGAUAUUUCUUCCUAAAGGAGAAUGUACUAAACUUGCGUAAUGGUUUAAAAAUCCUCCUAGUUUAAUUAUAAUAAUUUACUUCUGGUCAUGUGUUUACAUUGGAUAUUUUUAAGGAAAUACAAGUUUAAAAGUAAUAAUUUAUCAAGAAGUAUAUUAAUUGUAGCAAUAGCAUAUUAAUUUAAAAAUAACAUAAAUCGAUGAUGAAAGAUAUUGAUAUAACUUAAAAUAGCAGUGUAUAUUAUUUUAUAGGAAAAUAUAUUAAAAAUUAUUACCAAAGUGGGAUUAUUCAUAAUACCUGCCUUACAACAUCACAGAUCAAAGAACACGCAUGAUUUUGUGAUUAUUAUUACAUUAAAAUACUUACUCAAGUAUUUAUGCAUCGCUUACACAAAUUGUUUUGAUACAUUCAACUGAAGUGUAGGUUUCAACUUGUUGAUAAAAAAAGCAAUGGAUACAUAAGAAAUCCAAUGGUUGUAAAAGUUAAUUUGGGCGUCCACAUUUUCGUAGUAUUACAUAAUUCCUUAAGAGUCGGUAUAUUGUGUAGAGAAACUUAAUAAUACAAUACAGUUACAGAAUAACAACACAUUGUAUUCUAUAAAUUAAUAAAUUUAUUAAUUAUUUAUUA